AAAGAGGCGGUAGGUCUGCUCGUGAGGUAAGAUCAAACGGCCGGUUCGGUCAAUGUAUGCAAGAACGACGAAGACGAAGGAAGGACAGUCCCAGAGUCAAGAAAACCUAUCUUCUUUCCAACUCCUCUUAAAUCAUUACGCCAUGUAUAAUACACGAACAGCCUUAAUUCACAUAACAUUCUCAUCAAAUUCCCUCUACUGCUAGUUGCCUAGGUACACAUCAUAAUCUAUCCGGUUUCCCCCACUGUCCUAUAACAAUAUACCAAGCACUAUCGGUAAAUUAGAUUCUUCACUUACUGGCUCCUGUCUACUCUCGUAUAUAUCGAUACAUAAUCUCGGGCUGGAAAGAGAAGAACGCAGCGAUGGCAAACACAAACUUAGCACCCCAUACUCACCAAAACGCACACCCACCAAACCAGGCAUCGGAACAUGAAACAUGUCCUAUCUGCUACCUUGAAUUCCCUUCUUCGGAGAUGGUAACUCUUCCUUGCAACCAUAAGUUCAGCCAGGCGUGCAUCAUCAAAUGGACCCAACGCUAGAAACCUUGGUGCGCCGGAGAAAAACACAUGCAAUGCCCCAUGUGCCGUGGUUCGCUUCUGUAUCUAUGCGGCGACGUCAUUUCAAAAUAUCACUUACAGCCCGGCGUCCGGAUUCUACCGCAAGAGCUCACUCAGAAAUGCCCGCGGUAUCAUAUCAGUCAACGUGAACAUUCCGUCGACUCUUUUAGUCGACCACUCCAUCCGGCUGCCGUGGAGAGCAUACGCGUACAUAACCUGCCAAGGGUCAUGGACAGUCUCCUAAGAGGCGAAUUUUGGGAUAACGCCUCGGAUACUUCAGAAAUCCGCGGUGCAUACGACAAUGGCACCCUCGACGACGUGGUUCACUUCGUUUCGACCAUCAUACAGUCUCAAGAGCCCAUCCC